GAUCUGUCUCCUGAUCACUGAUUCCAGAUGAAUGGCACAUUCGUUCUGUUGCAGUGAAGCCGCGCAGAAGAUCAUGGAUGAGUGUUCGUGUGAACAGCUGCGCAGCCGGAAGUGACGGAACACGUGCACUGUGCGUGACGUCAGAGUUGGGGGAGUGACGCGAGUGCGUGCGUGAUGACGUCGCGCGGAGAUGAUAAACGGGACAGACAGCAGGACGGAGCGACAGAUGUGACGCGUCGAUGAAAUAAAUCACCCGAUAGAUCGCGCUGGAAUCGUCUGAUCGCCGCGGGAGGAGGAGGAGGAGGAUGAAGAUCCGGCGACAGCAUCACUGUGCAUCCCUAUCUGGAGCUCCAGCGACGGCUGCAUGUGUGUGUUAGUCUGCAGGACAUUACUUGUCUUCUUCAUCAUCAUCUUCAUCAUCAUGAACAGCGGCGUUCAGCAUCCGAGCGCAGCGACUCGCGUCCUGUCGGAGUGAAUCACUUUGAUUCAGAUUCAGAUUCAGCAUCAACGCGAGCACAAUAGCGGAGCAGAUCUGUGAGCCGGCAAAAUGGGAGAGCAGCCCAUCUUCAGCACCAGAGCGCACGUCUUCCAGAUCGACCCCAGCACCAAGAAGAACUGGGUUCCCACCAGCAAACACUCCGUCACCGUGUCCUACUUCUACGACAGCACACGCACCGUGUACCGCAUCAUCAGCCUCGACGGGUCAAAGGCCAUCAUCAACAGCACCAUCACCCCCAACAUGAGCUUCACCAAAACCUCACACAAGUUCGGUCAGUGGGCAGACAGUCGGGCUAACACCGUCUACGGCCUGGGCUUCUCCUCCGAGGCCCAUCUGAGCAAAUUUGCUGACAAGUUUGCGGAGUUCAAAGAAGCGGCGCGGUUAGCCAAAGAGAGAUCUCAGGAGUUAACCAGCUCACCCUCACAGCGCAAACCCGUCUCGUGUUUCCCGCGCCUGAAGGAAUCAGCGAUGGGCGACCUUCAGUCUCCUGUGACUCCAGAGAGCAUCAACGGCACGGACGAGAGAGUGACCCCCGACGCCGCCUUCAACACCGAGAUCAACGCCGUACUGUUCCCUCACAGCUCCACGUCCAUCAGCAAGCACUGGGAGGCUGAGCUGGCGGCUCUGAAGGGGAACAACGCUAAGCUGACGGCGGCGCUGCUGGAGUCCACGGCUAACGUCAAGCAGUGGAAGCAGCAGCUGGCGGCGUAUCAGGACGAGGCCGAGCGACUGCACAAACGGGUCACGGAGCUGGAGUGUGUGAGCGGACAAACCGCCGGCGUCAAAACACAGAAAACAGAGCUGAACCAGACCAUAGAAGAGCUGGAGGCCGAGCUGAAGGCCAGAGAGGAGGAACUGGAGAAGCUGAAACAGGAAGUGGAGGAAGCCAGCCAGCUGCAAGCACAGAGAAAUUCGCUCACUCAGAAACUACAGGAGACGGAGCUGAGGAACGUAGAGCUGGAGUGUCAGCUGCUGGAUCUGGAGCAGAGUCUGGAGAACCGGCGUCUGGAGAGAGAGAGCUUCAGGAGGAGUCUGCGCUCGCUGCUGGAGCUACUGGACCGAAAGAUCUUCCAGCUGACCGAGCUACGAGACAGUCUGACCAAACUGAUGGAGAGCGACAGCAGCUAGAGACGAGACGCUCAUACACGCACAGAGAGAGACACACACACACACACAGAGAGACACACACACACAGACACACACACACACACACACACACACACACUCACUCACUCACUCACAGUUUUACACUGACUCCCUCUGGUCUCGGAUCACACACAGACUGCUGAUCCAGGAGAUGUGUGAUUACACAGAAAACCUCGCUGUGCUCUCUGACUCUUCACGUGUUUGGCUCACGCAGGUUUUCUAUAAAAACGUCACAAACUGAAGAUCCGAUCCGGACGCGACAGCUGCGUUUAUCUGCUACUCUUCCACUCUUGAACUUCCUCUGAACUCUGAGCAAUACGAGCGAGAAACAGAAUCAGGUAUCUGACGUCUCACACGCACCUGCGAGGACACUUCGAGUCGCGUCUUUGCUUUCCGAACACUUUGAGGGGUUCGGUGCGCUGGUGACGGCACUGAGGUCACAUCACACGCUUUCUUCUGGGGCUUUUAGCUCUUUAUGAAGAGCAACGGUUUACUUCCGUCUGUAUGAUUUCUGGUUAUUUAUUGUAAAAAAAAACAACAAUUAUAUCUGUAUAUUCUAAUCACAGUGGCUGCAUUAAGUAGUUAUUUCAAGUAUAAAGAUGUUUGUUUUCAUUUCUCGUUUUUUAUUAUUAUUUGCAAUGUGGAAAUAUGGUUGUUUUUUAAUGUGGAGAUAAACUGGCAAUAUUUUUGAACUCUUUGAGUAUUUAAAAGGGAAACCAUGCCAUUAAAUACGAGUUAAUUUAGCAGAAAGCUGUUCUCUUGUACAGAUGAAGUUGCCUUUGGUACUGAGAUGCAUCACGUGAUCACGCUGAACCUCAAGGGCUCGCAGCAGUUAGAUGGGCUUGUUUUUGACACACUGGAUGGCUUUAUUAUUAUUAUUAUGUUUGAUUUAUGAAACCUUUGAAUAAUUAUUGAGAAUAUUGAUUAUUCCACUCACUUAAACACAAUUGUAAUUCUGAGUUUAUAGUAAAAUUAAAGAGUAAAAA